UGAAAUUUUCUCAUUAAAGCAGAACAAUCUCCCUUCUCAUUUCACUUGCAUAUUCUCCUAGAAAAUUCAGCUAUCCACAGCAGCAAUGGCCAUUUCAAAGAAGAAUACCAAAAGAAAGACUUCCAGUUCUAGUUCAUCACCUUCAAACCUCCACCCACCAUAUCUUCAGAUGAUAAGUGAAGCCAUUACGACAAUGAAGGAUCACGCUGGUUCGAGCCAACCUGCAAUAGCGAAAUUCAUCGAAGCGAAAUACUCUGCUAGUCUCCCAACAAAUUUCAAGAAAAUCCUCUCAGCCCAGUUGAAAGGGCUCGUGAAAUCAGGAAAGCUUGUCAAAGUGAAGAACUUGUACAAGAUCUCCCCUUCUGAGAAAGUGAAAAAGGCUGCAAAUUCAGUUGAAAACAAAACCCAGAUGAAGAAAUCAGUCAAGAACGUGACAGCAAAAACACCAGUCUUCCAAAUUCAAAGUGGCAGCUUUGCAUCAUCACAAUCAGAGUCUCCCAUUUCAGCAUCUCUGAAAUUGUCUUCAUUUAGUCUUAAUACAAAUGAAGAAAAUGUAGGUGGUGCUUCAACUAAACGAUCCAUUGGGCUGAAAAAAGCGAAGUUAAAAAGGAAAAAUGAUGAAGAAAGUCAAAAGUUUAUUGAAACCUUCAAUGAUGAAAAUCAACAACUCCUUGAAAUUCUCAAGAGUGGAUGCAAGGUUAGACAACAGUUUUUUGAAAUUAAAAUGCUAAGAACUCAAAAUGAGUUAAAAAAAUUGUCCUUAAUCGAAUAUAGAGAAGAAAAUAAAAUUUUACUGAAAGAUUUGAAUUCCAUAUCGAAUCCAAUUGUACGUGAUUUUCUUCAAAAUGAACAAAUAAGAAUUUUGCAAAAAAGAAGUCAACAAUAAAGUGAUGGAUUUUAAAAUACAUCUAGUUCUUUCGGUGAAUAUUUUAAUGUUCUUGGUGGAGUUGAAAAAGACAUUCCAGAUUACUAAAUUAUUGUUCUAGUUUAAUGUUGUAUUGUACUUUAAUUUAUGUUUCUUAAGAUAUUUAUGUUGUCUAAGU